AGCAGGCUACGGGUGGCCGUUGAUGUGGAUGAGGUGCUCGGCCGCUUCCUGCACUCCCUCAACCAGUUCUGCCGCGAGGCGUACGGCCUGCGGUACGAUGUGUCGGACUACUGGGUCUAUGACUUCGCCAAGGCAAGGGCUAGGCGGGGGAUGUGGGCUAGCUGCUGCUUGUGGGACAUCUGGGACUGUGCCCAGGACGAGAGCAACCACCGCGUGCACGAGUUCUUCCAGAGCCACCACUUUGCGGCGGGCAUCGAGACGAUCCCCGGCGCCUACGACGCGCUGGUGCGGCUGCGUGGCGGCUGCGACCUCAUGGUGGUGACGUCCCGCCAGCACAUCAUACAGGAGCCCACCCUGGACUGGCUGGAUCGGCAUUUCCCCGAGGUGUUCACUGAGGUGCACUUUGGCAACCACUUUGCUCUGGAGGGUACGUCCAAGAAGAAGAGCGAGAUCUGCAGGGCGAUCGGCGCCGAGGUGCUGAUCGACGACAACCCGGCGUACGCUGUGGAGUGCGCCCAGGCGGGCAUCCACGUGCUGCUGUACGACUGGGACCACGCCUACCCCUGGUCCAAGACGGCGGCGGGGCCCGUGCAUGAGCGCAUCACGCGG